CUCACAGAGGGAGGACAGAGCAGGCAGCAGACACCAUGGAGUCCCCCUCUGGCCCUACCUGCAGAGGGCGUGUCCCCUGGCGGGGGCUCCUGCUGGCGGUCUCACUCUUAACCUUCUGGAGCCCGCCCGCCGAGGCCCAACCCAGGGUUGAAUCAGUGCCGCCCAAUGCUGCCGAAGGGAAGGAUGUGCUUCUCCGAGUCCACAGUCUGCCCGGGAGUCUCGUAGGCUAUGCCUGGUACAAGGGGGAAAGUGUGGACAGCAGCCAUCAAAUUGCAUCAUAUAUAAUAGACACUCAUGAAAUACACCCAGGACCUUUAUUCAGUGGUCAAGAGACAAUAUACCCCAAUGGAUCCCUGCUGUUCCAGAAGGUCACGCUGAAGGACACAGGAAACUACACCCUACUGGCCACAAACAAAGAUUUUCAGCAUACACAAGUAACUGGACAGUUCCGUGUGUACGCGGUGUUACCCAAACCCCACAUCACAAGCAACAACUCCAACCCCGAGGAGCACAAGGACCCUGUCCUGUUAACGUGUGAACCUCAGACUCAGGGCACCACCUACCUGUGGUUCAUCAACAGUCAGAGUCUCCCGGACAGCACCAGGCUGCAGCUGUCCAAGGACAACAGGACUCUCACUUUACUCCGUGUCACAAGGAAUGACACAGGACCCUAUGAGUGUGAAACCCAGAACCCAGUGAGUGUCGGCCGCAGUGACCCAUUCACCCUGAAUGUUCUCUAUGAUCCAACACCACAAAGUCCUGGCCUCUCAGAUGGAGCUAUCGCUGGCAUCGUGAUUGGAGUCCUGGCCGGCGUGGCUCUGAUAGCAGCCCUGGUGUACUUUCUAUACAUCAGAAGGACUGGAGGGGCAAGUGACCAGCGCGAUCUCACAGAGCACAAACCCUCAGCCUCCAACCACAGUCAGGUUCCCUCUGACAAGUCACCUAAGAAGGUCCCUGAAGUUACAUAUUCUUUGCUGACCUUCAGUGGCCAGGAAUCAAAGAAACCAACCUCAGCCUCUCUGUCCCCAACAGCCACGGAAACGGUUUAUUCAAAAGUAAAAAAGAAGUAAUGCAACUCUGCUCACUGCACUGCUGACUGAUGCCAAGCUUCUCAUCUCAUUUCCAUCACUAGGAGACCCCUUUGCCCUCAGGGGAAAGGAGAAGAACCCUCUUCCUCCUCCCCCUUCCCUUCACUCCCUCCUGAGGC